AGGUUAAGUUUGGUAAAGUNNAGUUCGGAGUCGGAGACCGGGAAAGACAUUUAUUUUGGAGGACUUUGUCUUCUGCCAUAAGAUCUAAAGGAGAUAUUGUGCUAACAGUUGCAUCCAGCGGAAUUGCAUCUCUUUUGUUACCAGGAGGCCGAACAGCUCAUUCGAGAUUUGCAAUCCCACUCAAUGCAACUGAAGAUUCAACAUGUAAUAUCAAACAAGGUACUCCUUUAUCAAAAUUGAUUGUCAAGACAAAGUUAAUUAUUUGGGAUGAAGCACCAAUGAUGCAUAAAUAUUGUUUUGAAGCUCUAGACAGAACUCUAAGAGAUAUUCUUAGAUUUAAAGAUGCAUCCAAUUUAGAUCGUCCAUUUGGAGGAAAAACCGUUGUUCUUGGUGGUGACUUUAGACAAAUACUUCCAGUCAUUCCAAAAGCAAUAGGUGAUGGUAUGAUUGGAAAUUCUGUUGAUGGUAUCGAUAAAGUUCACAUCCCUGAUGAUCUUAUCAUAAAUAAUUGUGGCGAUCCAAUUUCUGCGAUUGUGGAAA